AUGAGUCGAGGAGGAAAAUUGGCCCCGGAAGUCAACCGAGCUCUCUUCGUAAAGAACCUGAGCUUCAACGUCACCCCAGAGGAACUCUUCGACCUCUUUGGCAAGUUCGGCCCAGUGCGCCAAAUUCGCCAGGGCAUUGCCAACAACACCAAGGGCACAGCCUUCGUCGUCUAUGAAGACGUAAUGGACGCAAAGUCGGCCUGCGACAAGCUCAACGGCUUCAACUUCCAGAACCGGUAUCUCGUCGAUAAGAUGCUCAAGGCCGCGAACGAUCUCGCCGAGCGCCAAGAGAACUUAGAAAAGCUCAAAAAACAACACGGUAUUGAUUAG